CAAAAGCACUGUGUGCUGGGCCGCAAAACGUCAGAUGAGGUUGUUGUGUGCGUGCUAUGUUUAUAUACACGUUCGUUGAGUGAGAGUGUGUGUGCGAGCUGUUUUGGUCGUCUCUCUGGCUGCAGAAAAGAUCCGAUUCUAUCGAUUCACAAAAUUCAUACGUUUAGCUUGCUAAUAUAUUAUUUUCUGUCAUGUUUUGUGAUAGUUUAAAAAGUGUCUCUUCAAAUUAAAAACAUGUAAACAUGUGGUGUGUGUUUCCUAGUGAAGGUGGCUGCUUAUGGAUGAGACUGGUUGUUUCCCGUUUCACGAAACCACACAUCAUCCCUUUCUGUGCUAAUGGCGUACAUCAUGCCGUCGAGCAGAAAGAGCAAAACUAAUGAAAAUUAAAGUUGUACGAUAUCCUGAUAAAGUGUAAUACCGUAACAAGCAGGUUGCUUGCGACCUGAAUUAAGCUAACAAGUAGUGCGGAACGAAUUUACGAUUAGAUAUUCUCGAUAUUUCCCUGCGCCCUGAGCGUUGGAGGCCACAAAACUUGCAACACAUUUGGAGAUUAUUGUGAACGAUUAUUGUACAAGCAAUCAAUUUGGGACAGCAAACAAAUUCUUCCCUACCAUGGAGGAAGCGCCCGUAGUAGAUUGUCCACCAACGCCGGAAAUACUGCCAUUGUCGAGCACACCACCGCCACGGCCCGAUGUCGUGUACAGUUCAUCGUCGGAGGAAGGAGAUGAACCUACAGAUGGUCGUCGCUCGCCACCACCGAAGUGUGCAAUCUGUCUAGGGAAAUGUCGCCAGCGGGCGUACACCAACUCCUGCAAGCAUCAGUUUUGCUUCCGGUGUCUACUAGAAUGGAGCAAGGUCAAACCAGAAUGUCCAUUGUGCAAGCAACGGUUUUUCUCGAUCGUUUACUACAAAUCGAUCGACUGCUUCGAACAACACACGGUUGCGGUUCCCAGCGCAAAUAUGCCCAGAGUGAGCACCCGGAAUAUGUAUCACGAGCUGAACGUGUUUCUCACCAACUCACAGCGCUUCACAGCAUACGCAAUACCAAAUAUGACACUGCGCCUGCAGUCCAACAAUGAACGGCUGCAGGAGCUGCUACUGCAUCAAUCCAGCGAGGUUGAUCGCUUCAUACGCGAGUACGGUAAUCAGCCGAUUCCGACGCGACAGGAUGAGCUCCGUUGGAGACAGUUCAUCUAUGCCAACAGACUGUAUGCGUGUCCCCUACCCGAUCUAAAUGGACGCUUUCGCGAGACGUCUGCCUCAUUUUACAGAGAAAAUCCGGCCCAAAUGCAUCGUGUGCUCUCUUGGAUGCACCGGGAUUUACUCGUGUUGAGUACAAACAUGACAAUCCACGCGCCCAAUAUGAACGUGCUGGAAGAUUUGCUGCAAACGCACGAUAUCGAUUCGCGCGAGUUUCUGCUGCGUAUUUUGCGACACAUGCCACUGGAAGAUGGUGAACACUUUCAGCAUGAGUGCGUGAACUUUGCACGCUCACCGUACGAUAUGAUCGGAUACGAUCGUUGCGUCCAGUACAAUCCUCGCUUUAUACAGCGCCGCGUCCGCAGCCAGGUGAUAAUAUCGUCCUCCGAGGAGGAUAAUGAUGACAUCGUGUAUUUGCCCGAAACUGCUGCAAGUACAUCAUCGAACAAUGAACCACCUGUCGUUGAAGGAAGUGUUGGCGGGGAAGGAGCAAGCAACGGCAGCAGUGGGAUUAGCGGAGCGGCAACGGGGAAUGGUAAUAAUUCCACCGCUACCUCCGCUACCACCAAUGCACGAACUGGACGGAGCGAAGUUCACAUCGAGUUCCGUUCCUUGGCAGACAGUGUCGGUAAUGAAGAGGUCCGCCCGGUUGCUACGUCGGGCACGUUGCCACGGGUUCCAUUGACCUCCACCGCAUCGUCGAACGUUGUGGCAAGUGAAAAUAUUUUACUCUCGUCCAGCGAUUCCGAUGACUGUCAGUUCGUGAUGGCACAGAAGCCACCACAUUUACGCACACCGGACCAUGUGGUCGAUCUGGAAUCAGCCAGCGACAGUGAUGUGGUGUUCGUGGCGGAAGAACCGCUAGAAAUCAGAGCAUCGAAUCGUUCGACCCGACAACAGCAGCAGGCCAAUUCGAUGAAGAUGGAGACGGCUGGAAUCCAGGAGUACAAUAAUGGUGCCUCGACCAGUUCGGGCUACUGUGGGGGUGGCAAUGGUGGCGGUGCUAGCAGUGGAAGUGUGGCGAGCGGAAGCGCUUUACGAUCAAAGUAUUACGUGCGGCCACGAUCAAACAGGUACUCCGGUGGCAUGGGAGUGAAGAGCAUCUACGAGGCAAGUGAUACGGACGAUAGCGACAGCGACUCGUUAUUUAACUUACCGCAAGGUAGGCGCCCACUGUCCAACACUGCCGAUGACGACGAGGUGGAAUUCGGCAGCGGGCAGCGUAACCGGAGAAGACCAAACAAAAAGACCACUACCACACUACCAAAGGGUUCCAAGAGAACCUCCAGGAAACGGCGUAAGAGUAGCAUUAGCAGCUCCAGCAGUCACGAUUGUAGUGAAAGCAACAGCAGCAGUAGCAGCAGCAGCAGUAGUAGUAGUGAUGAGGAAAGUAGUUCGAGCUGCUCUAGCAGCACUAGUAAUAGCAGUAGCAACAGUAGUAGCAGUGCCACGAGCACCUAUGCUUACGGCGGUAGUGGCUGUACAACGUACCACAAAAACGUUACAGUAGAGAUCGAAUGUGGACGGCAAUUGCGACGCAACACAACACAGCAGUCAAGUCGUCAGACCUACGCUACCGACCCUAAGGGACGGACAAAGAAGAAGCGAAGCAAAAGAACGAUCGAACUGGACUCGAAACAAGCUAAGGAAAAGAAUGCUACAACCGCUUCAAAAUCAAAGUCGCAUCAGCCGAAAUCUAAAAAGAAAUCCCAAUCCACGCCCCGGAGGGUUCGGAAGGUUCUCAAACGAUCACGUGCGAAUUCUAAAUCAGCAGGUUCGCGUGAUGCAAAAGCACGCAGUAGCAAAGGUAAAAAACGCACCAAACCAUCGUCUGAUCUGGACGAUGAACCAUCACGGUCAACUCCACAGCUAGAUGAAGAUAUGCUCGAAGAGAAUGCAUCCACGGAGGCGCACUACGUAAUUGCAUCCAGACCCUCGGUAUCUCCCACGAUCGAUGUUACCUCGAUAGAUGGGACGGAGUGUCGGGAGCGCAAGCUAAAAAGUGUUAUCAUAAAACGUUGCCAUUACAAUAAGCCGAACACGAAUCGGUCGAACGAAGCGAUGGAUGGCGAGGAAGGAAUGCAGUCUGGUUCGGUUGCAUCCACGGCAACCGUACCAGAAGACAGCGUAGCACCUAGCACAUCAACUUCGUUGCAGGGCGAAGGAACAGUUCCCGAAGGGGGGGAACAUUUUGCCAAGAUGGAACCAGUUGAUGUUACGGAUAUGCUGAAGCACGAAAUAACCACCAACGAUAUGCAAUUGUCAUUUUCGAGCAGUUCGUCUAGUGAAACGGAACUGGAAGAACCGAGCGCUACCGAUUGGACAGAUAGUGGAAUGUAUUCGGCAGUCGCCAGUUUAGUACAAAUGCAUCGAAACGCACUGUUCCAUCCAGCGUCGUUGAGCCAGCAGCCACACCAACAGCAGGAGCAGCACAACCCACAACACGCUCAACAGCAUUGGCAGCAACCGGAAGAAUACAUCUCCGGACAGCUUCAACUACCGACAAAUGACAACGAUCAGCAUCCAUCUACGCUCGGCAGCAACGUUGCCAUGCUAGACGCGGACGAAAGCAACACCGUUGCGUCGGAAUCCAUCUUCGAACCAGCAUUAAGCUGGGCCGAAACCGGACGUCCACUAAUGCCCGAAGAUCGUGCUUUGUCGUCAGCGGCUGCAUCUCCAUUUUCGUCGAUAUCAUUCCCACCGUCCACAACGUCCGUUUCACCGUCACCGUCAAUGUCGUCGCAAUCGUUGGCGCUGGCAGUGGCCGCCUCACCACUGCAGCUAAUCGAAAGCCUGGGAACGAUGGACGGUGAUUCUCCAUUGCCUUCGUCCGUCCUUGGCAUUGAUGCGAUCGAUGGAACGAUGGACGAAAUUAUGGCUACGGAGGUAGUAAGCGCGACCGCCCCGAUAGCGGAACCUUCGAUCGGGAUGGCCGGUGAGAAUGGGCAAGGAUCCACUGUUCCCUGUGGAUUAGAUUCAACAACGAGCGAUGGAGGAGUACCUACUGUACAGCUGCAGCUGUGAGAUUUGCUGCGGGCUAUCGAUUUUAUCGAUUGAUUAUAACUCAGGACAAGCGCCACAAUGUUUUUUGUCACUUUUGCGUGUAUCUAAGCGUAGUUCCGUGAGGGGUCUCCGAGGCGGAAUUGUUUAUACAUUAACAUCAACUAGACCUUAUCCUUCUUUAACGGAAAUGAUACCGCUUCAAAAGUUCUACAAACGAAAAUCAUACAUUGUGAUUGCCGUACCAAUCGAUCGCAUUGCGUGGCUGGAUUAUGCAUAGGUUAAAUCAAAGUCAUCCUUCGACCAGCAUCGGUUACAUAUUUGCCUAAGAACGUGUUAUGGAGCAAUAUCGCUUCAUUACUACCAUCUCUCCAGUACACAACCAUCGGGCAAUGGUUAUUCGGAGAAUGCAUAUUUCUAAGCAUCAUUAGAGCAAAUCGGAUAAGCAUAAGGUAAUCGUGUAAAACAAGUACACGAUUGGUUAAUCCCUGUCUCAAAAAAAAACCCCACUACACUGACCGAACUGCCCAAGCGGGAAGAUACCGUAAUUGUAUAAAAUAAGUAAUUGUAACCGUUUCAUGUACAUACGUUUAAUGUAGCGAGUGAACUGUUCGAUUACUUAGAAACAGUGUCUGUAAUAAUCGCGCAGAUAGUGGAAUAGGAACGAAUCGCGGUGCUUGUCACACAGAUAUAUGUACUGUACAGACAUUAUCGCAAGCCCAGGAGAUCAAAUAGCACUGGACAGCAUAGCUCAGGAGCAAAUUUUCGUAGGAAAGGCGGUAAAAAAACGAACCAUUGGAAAGGUAAAUAAAAACAUAGGAAAACGGUACACAUUACGUAGCUGCAGGAGGUGUUCGCUGAUCUUGUGGCGAUUUGUGCAAAUUCGUAUUUUCCAAUUUCAAAAUGGCCGUUUCUAUUUGAUUAUAAUAAAAGAUGAUAAUGCAAUAAUAUUCAUUUCAA